AUGAAAAAGGGAUUCCCGACUGUCGUAAAGAGCCCCCCGCGGCCGCACCCGCGACCCAUUCGCAUCGCCUUCACCGACGUCAACGGCGUCGUCGAUCCGCGAACGGUGAGAUCGUUCUGUGAACACAAAGAGCUGCAGAGCGAGCUGUCAGAAGGGAAUUCAAAUGCCGAUUCGAUUCCAACGCCGAAGCGAGCGACGACGAGGACGGGCGACGGACUCACGGCGUACGAACGCGAGCGCGAGGAACGCGUGCGACGGAACGAGGAGUUGUUGACGCAAUUGCGCGUGCGCGAGACCGCAAGGGCGCUCGCAGUGGUAGCGGAGCCGACGAAGAGAGCGCGGUUGGCGACGAAGAGACGCGCGGCAGAGUUGGCACCGAUCGAGCCGACUCGAAGGAGCGCGCGUGCGCGAGGCGCGAAAGCGAAAGCGAUGGAGAUCGGAGAAGACGAUCAGAUAGUCGACGGUGAGGAGGGUUUGGAGCAUCAUUUGACGUGUGAUGAGUACUGCGAGAGGUUGGGGAUCGAGCCCGGGCCAAAGAUGACGAGUUUCACGGGCUGGGUGGAGGAGAGCGUUCGCGAACGGCUAGGAAUCGCCUCGAGCGCGAACGAGGCUUGGGAACGAAACGGCGGGGGAAAAUGGAGCCGACCGGCGAAGGGACAGGCAAAAGAUCACGCGAAGAAGAUGUUGUACAAGAAUCCAAACGCGUACUUCUAUCGACACACGGCUGGAGAGGAGCAAAUUAACGGUGAUUGGAGCGAGGACGAAAUCAAGCAAUUCGUCAAAGUGGCAACCAAGUACGGCGCCGGCGACAAGUGGGGCCUCUUCGCGUCGCAUAUCCCCGGUAGAGUUGGUUACCAGUGUUCAGCGGCGUAUCGUCACAUCAUGCUUCCUCGAGGUCUCCUUCGUGACGACGCUUGGCGGAUGACUAUGUCAGGCGAGGCGGUUUGGAUCGGUAAACGCUGA